CUAUAGCUUCCUGCAGCGGGGAAACAACGCACAAGAGUGCGAUUUUGACAGACGAUAUAAGACCAAAGUAGCCUGACAGGCUACUCUGUUUCUGUGAGCACGGACUAAUCCGUGGUCGGUCAUUAAUCUCCCGCAGACAACAUGGUAAUCGCUGCGGACCAUGUCUAAGUGGCUCUUCAAGCAUAAUCAUUGGUACCAACUCGCCCCAGUCUGUUUGCGUAAAGGCGCUAUAGUUCUGACUGACCUGCCUUCUCCCGGUGGGCUUUGUGAGACUUCAUGGUAUUUGUGCCGUCUAGGCUUAAUCUGCCGCUAGCGCAUUCACCUCGCAGCUUUACAUCUGCUUGCUCUCUUUUGGACAAUCAAAUAACUCGAAUUACUGGGAGAAAACAAAGUUUAUUUUGGUUGUACAGUUUUCCUCUUUUUUUUACUUUCAUGUUGGAGCGCUUAGGGGGAAAACACAACGACAUAGUGUUUUCACUGACAAGUAUCGGGGUACCGCAGGGAGAAAAUGCCAGUUCGAUGUAGCACCACUCUCUAAAAACCCGCCUUGAAAUAUGAGCCCACACACCAGUGACCCUGUUAUUUUUGCUUGAAAGGAAAACUACAAAAUAUGCUGUGAAGAUAAUCGUCGCGUCAAAAGCGCAGGUUUCCAGAGCACAGGGGAAAUUUGUCAAGGAGACAGAGGAACGCGAGAGAAGAAGCGAUAUGUGUCUGGGUAGACAACUGGUUUUGCAGUUUAUCUCCUGGAAUUAGUGGGUGAAGGGGAAGGGAGCGGCUAUAGCCUGGAACCAGGGAAACGGAGACAGAGCCUGCGGUAGCACACACUGAAUACUCGUCCAUCUCUGAAGGUGAAUGGGUGAGAGGUUUAAGCGUACAAGGUUUUCCUCAGCACACAAACACAUCACCUUGUAACAUUCAUCCAUGGGAGGAGGAGGAGAAAGACUUGUGAUUGUUUGUUGCCUGCAGGAGAAAUUCAAGGCGAUUAAGAGAACCAACAGAGAUCAACUGUGACAACUCCUAAGGAGAGGUGUUAUAUGAAUCUGACGUCAUGUUGUUGAUAUGAAUCAAUAUGGGUUUGGAUACCUGACCAGACCAAACAACUGAUCCUAUUACUUUGUUUCAGCCUAUGGAGAAGAUCCCACAGAGCAGGGAGUGGUGACACUUCAAGACAAAGCGCUGAGAGCCAGACGAGACAUACCCCACUCUAACUGCAGAAACCAAGUCGAUAGCAUAUACAGGAAAACUGGCACUGGGGACCAGGUGCACAGGUCCCCUUUUUAUGAACUAACAUGGACAAAGUGGUCAUCAGUUUCCUGCUUUUGGGAACCAUAGUUAUGAUGGUCCAUGCAUGUCCCAAAUACUGUGUCUGCCAGAACCUCUCAGAAUCUCUGGGGACUCUGUGCCCCUCCAAAGGCCUGCUUUUUGUCCCACCAGACAUUGACCGACGAACUGUGGAGCUCCGGCUGGGAGGCAACUUCAUCCUGAAGAUCACCAUUCAGGACUUUGCCAAUAUGACCGGUCUAGUGGAUCUAACCUUGUCCCGCAACACCAUCAGCACCAUCCAGCCUUUCUCUUUCAUUGACCUGGAGACACUGAGAUCCAUGCACCUGGACAGUAACCGAUUGACCGAACUGGGACCAGAUGACCUCCGAGGUCUGGUCAAUCUGCAGCACCUGAUACUCAACAACAAUCAACUGAGUCAUAUCUCCAAAGGAGCCUUUGAUGACUUGUUACUGACAUUGGAGGAUCUGGAUUUGUCAUAUAAUAACUUGCGAAGUGUGCCUUGGGAAGCCAUCCGCAAGAUGGUCAACCUUCAUCAGAUGAGUCUUGACCAUAAUCUGAUCUCCUUCAUUGCUGAGGGGACCUUUACAGAUCUAGAUAAACUAGCUCGCUUGGACCUCACCUCCAACCGUCUGCAGAAGCUCCCUCCAGACCCCAUCUUUGCACGUUCUCAGAGCAGUAUAGUGAUGAGCACUCCUUAUGCACCUCCACUCUCUCUAAGCUUUGGUGGAAACCCAUUGCACUGCAACUGUGAAAUGCUUUGGCUUCGAAGGCUGGAACGUGAGGAUGAUAUGGAAACUUGUGCGUCUCCUGCAAGUCUAAAGGGGCGCUACUUUUGGUUUGUUCGAGAGGAGGAGUUUGUUUGUGAGCCCCCUCUGAUCACGCAACAUACGCACAAGCUACUAGUACUAGAAGGCCAAACAGCUAGCUUGCGUUGCAAAGCUGUUGGCGAUCCAAUGCCCACUGUACACUGGGUUACUCCUGAUGACCGUUUGAUCAGCAACUCCUCCCGUGCAACAGUAUAUGAAAAUGGCACCCUGGACAUAAAAAUCACCACAUCCAAGGAUUAUGGGAUUUUUACUUGCAUAGCUGCUAAUGCUGCUGGGGAAUCUAUGGCCUCCAUUGAGCUAUCAAUCAUUCAACUCCCCCAUCUGAGUAAUGGUACAAACCGUACUACACAGUCCAAAUCAGGGCUUUCAGACAUAACUAGCUCUACCAAGAUCAGUAAAGGGGAGCCUAAACCCCUGCCAGAGAAGGUGGUGUCUGUAUCAGAAGUGACCACCAUUUCUGCUCUGGUCAAAUGGACUGUUACUAAAACAACUCCAAAGGUCAAAAUAUAUCAGCUUCAGUACAAUUGUUCUGAAGAUGAAGUCCUCAUUUACAGGAUGAUUCCCAUGACUAACAGAGCCUUUGUAGUUACAAAUCUUGUCCCAGGGAUGCAGUAUGACCUGUGUGUCUUGGCCAUCUGGGAUGACACUGCCACCACCCUCACUGCUACCAACAUUGUUGGCUGUGUCCAGUUCAUCACCAGGGAGGACUAUGCUCACUGCCAGUCUCUUCACAGCAGCUUCCUGGGUGGCACCAUGAUCCUGGUCAUUGGAGGCACCAUUGUGGCUACUUUAUUGGUCUUUAUCAUUAUCCUUAUGGUGCGCUAUAAGGUCACCAGUAGCAUCCAGACUAAUAAAUUACUCAAUGUGAGCAACACGUACUCACAGACCAGUGGGGGGUUGAACAGGUUCAGUGGCGCCCCACCACAGGUCAAGUCCACAUUGGUGGUAAUGCAGGAGGAAAUGGUAGAGUUCAAGUGUGGAUCCCUCCAGAGCAGCCUCUCCUCCUCCUCUAACUCAUUAGACAGCCAAACAGGAAGUCACAGCAUGCAGGGCAAUGAAUGCAACACCUUGCCCAGCAGCAAGUUCAGGAGGCAUGGGCACAGUGCCAAAGCACGGCCAAACCUGGACAACCUUUUAGGGGCCUUCACCUCACUGGAGCUGCAAGGAGUUGCAAGGGACCACCAAGGGACUUCUGGUCCCUCCAUCACUUCCAGUGCUAUGAUGACGGUGACUAUGGCACCCCUGUCCGAUAAAGAGCCCCUGCUAGGAAGAGCUGAGUCCACCACCAUGUUGGGACGUUUCCUAGGGCAGCCCCAGGAGAGUAAGCCCAAGAGGAGCCAUUCGUUUGACAUGGGUCAUGUAGCUACUGCGACACAAUGCCGCAGUAGCUACCCUCAUAGGAUUAGUAACAUCUGGACUAAACGCAGUCUGUCUGUUAAUGGAAUGCUGCUGCAGUAUGAUGACAGUGAGGAUGAAAAGCCCACUUUUGCAAGCUCUGAGUGGGUGAUGGAAAGCACAGUUUGAGUACAGUCGGUCUAACUCUGAGGUCCAUGGCCAAACAGUAAAUUUAUAUCAGGAACUAAAAAACAUGAGUGCAGAGGGAGGAAUAUUCAAGAAGGAAACUGUCAUUGGGUAUUGCAUGAAGUUCAACCAUGUGAAUACUGUCUAAGUAUUUAUGUGCAAAAAGACACAAAUGGAUAGAUUGCUGGUCAUAAUCUUGACUCUCUGACAGUCUAACUAUAUUUGAAAUAUUUUUCCCAUUUGAAGCAACACGGAAUCAUGGAGUGUGCAGAUAAAUUCCCUGUAUGGAAUAACUCCCAAUCCACAGGGCAGGUGAGAGUAGCUCAGAGAAAUAGGAACGAAAAGAAAGAUGUGAAAUUUGAUGUGGAUUUACUGCAUCUUUAUCAAAUGAACUGAAUGCCAAAAGGACUGUGGUGAACUGCAUCACAAUGUCAUGGAUCCUCAGCAUGAAAUGAGACUACUGCAACAGUAGAGAGAAGGACCUGAGGAGUGAAUAGAAAAUUAAAGUCAUUUUUAUUUUCAUCUCAAUUUUCUAUUAUUUUUACUAUUUAUUAUUUUAGGUGAAUCAUCAACAGGCUGAGCUUAGGUUGUAGUUCAGUGUUGAUCAAACAGGCAGACAAGCUACAAUAUCCCUUCACAAACAACCAUUUCCUAUCAUUUAACGUUACUUUCAUUACUUUCACUAACCAACUUUCAGUCAAUUGUAAUCUGACGAGGAUUCUUUUUAAAAUGGCAGUGUGGUCCUGUGUUUGAUAUCAGUAGCAAUGAAACAAACAAAUCAGUCUUGUAUUUCUACCUCAGUUUCCAUAUCAUAUGAGGUUAUUUGAACAUGAAUGGUAAUAAAACAAAACCCAAAUGCACAAGAUGGAUCACAAACAGCUCAACACACAAAGUCCCUUACUUCUUUGCAGAUGCUUCAAAUAGUAAUUUAUUAAAUCUUUAUCAAAUCAAGUAUGUUUCUAGCUCAGGUUGAAAUCCUGCUGUGACAAAAUGUCCAAUUGAAUGUUUUAAUACUCUCCCCAUUGGUUAAUGCUGGCAACAAGUGGUCCCUGGAGACUAAAAGGCCAUUGAUGUUAACAGAGCAUUUCCCCCAGUGCAGUUUCAGAUGCUAUCAGCACAUAUUACAGUAGCCAGACAUGAAUGGUCUUUGAAAUCCAUCAGGCCCACUUCAUCAUUUGUUUAAACUCACAGCAGGGAUGUGUUAUGUGGCUGUAAUUCAACACAAACGAGAGAGUAGAACAGUUGCUCAUUUAGUCAGGUUAAGUGGUGGAAUUAAUCCAAAUCAACUUUUAUUAGUAAGAUAAAGGAGGGCAGGUUAAGUGGAAGAAUAAGGAAGAAGGGAUUAUUGAGGAUCAAACAGCUCAAAAACUCACUAGAAAACUAUUUGCCAAAUUGUAUAAUGCAGAACUUGCUUUGGUUCAUUUCAUCAGAGCAAUCAUUUAUUUUCCAUUCUCUUUCAUACAAAGCUGUGAGUUAAAGUUAAAUACUCUGAAUUAGUGGCAUCCCCAGAGACAUCCCCACACAUUUUGACAUCUUUAUCAAUAUCCCAUUGGCCUCUGCUGCAUUUCAAGAUGUGGACUGGUCAUCAUUUUUUAUUAUUAUUUUCUUCCCUUGGUGUACUGUUCUGUAUAUUGGCAUUUUAUUUUGUACAAUAACUGUGUGAGGUGGGGGAUAUUGUGCAGUAGUACUUUUAUUUUCAUGUGAAGCAAACAGUGAGAAGGUGCUUUACUGUUCGUGUACCGACUUGGUCAUUGUUAGUUGGCUCACUGCACUGGGAUUUUACAUGUAAGAGAGAAAUGGAGGAUCAGCUCUUAUUAAAAGGGUCAGCUCACUCAAAUUAUGUCUGACUUAUGUCCAGUGGUAUCUUUCCAUGUCUCUUUUUAUAUAUUUAUUAUGAUCCUUCUGUCUACACUCUAAUACCAAGGAAUAAGGGUGCAACAUGACAGUGAAAACUGUGAGACAAUAUGAAUUUGUCAAAUGUCAAUAAGAUUUUGCUAUGCUUUUUAUAUCAUACUCUGCCUGUUGUCCGCAGCUGGCUGGGAUUGGCUCCAGCCCCCUGUGACCCCGGUUGGGACUGAGUGGUUUAGAAAAUGGAUGGAUAGAUGUUUAUAUCAUGUAGCCCUCUGUUAAUCAUCUCUGGGCAUAUUCUUCUGUUAUGGCCACUGCUGCACACUAUCUGCUUUAUAACAAGAUUAGAUUUUUAUAUGAUUUCAGCAUUCGGCAAUAUUGAAACAUAUACAUAUAUUGGAUUAACCUGCAAACCUUCACACUUAAAAAUUUACUUUAACAAUAUCUUUGCAUAGCAAAUAUUUUAUGGUUAAAGUCAAAUGAGGUUAAAUGAAGUAGAUAUGGCAAAUACACUGUUAAGUGUUAGGCAUUUUAAACACACAGUUAAGGUUAGAGAAGGACUGCGGUUAUGGUUAAUAAUUUGGAUUUAAUUUGAUGAAUUAGACAAAAACAGAAAUUCCUUUCAAGGUUUUUUAUCCAUAAGCAGUUUUUCAACAGAUGGUGCAGAAAAUUUAUGUCACAAUACCUAUUGAUUUAUAAAUACACAACUAAAUGAGAGGGGAUUUUAUUUAACAGAUUCUGUAGUUUUACAUUAAUUUAAUUAUACUGUAGCUGAUAAAUUCAUAGGAGGUUUCCUGCGAAGCCUCAGUUUUCCAGAUAAUCAAUAUAAAAUUGCAGUGUUAAAUUGGCAAUUGCUGAAAAUGCAAAAAGAUAUAAAAACAAUACUAUUGAUUAAAAAAAAAAAGAGUAUUCACUGAAUUAUAAAAGGAAUAGUUGUUUAAGAACCAAAAAAGCAUUUACAGGAGGAAGUGGUCAUGUUUACAUUUUGAAUGUCCUACAUGAAAAAAUAUGAAAUUGAUCCGUAAUGUUAUUUAGGGAUUUGUAGUUUGUUAUCCAAUGCAACUAUAUAAUAUAUAAGAAUUGAUGGAAUGAAAGAGUUCUGCGGUAAAGGAAACACCUCCUGAAAUUAAAAACUGUUGUUAAGGUUAAUAUGAUUAACUCUAAUUUCCCUAUUUACUUGUAACUAGUGCCAAAUUAAUAACUGUUUCCAGCAAAGUUUUGACAAUAUAACUUGUCAGUUUCAGUAGAGUUGAAAUUGUCCGCAGAAUAGCCAUCGGGUUAUCCAGAGUGACCAAAAGUAUUUUUUUAAUGCAGUGUUUAUUACUUUUAUUUUUUAUUAUGUUUUCGUUUUAGUGAACUGAUCCUUUAAUCUGCUGUCCUCUUGUGGCAUCAUAUAACAUCUUCUUUCACUCUGCUAACUGAGAAUACAAUGUGUGUAUUUGACUCGACAUACUGUAGUCAUGAUUCUCACCUGAGGUUCUAAGACAAAAGCAAGAAUAAAAACCAUUUCUGUGUGAAAACAUUUUGCUACAAAAGAAUAUAAAAAUAUUGAUUAAUUCCUAUGAACCAAACUGGCUCUUUUGUGUUUUGUCUUCUAUAUACACUAUGUAUUUUAUAGUAUGGGCCUUGGAUUACAUUACUAAUUGUUUUGACCCUCAUCCUUCUAUACUGUUCCUGCCCACAAAGUGGGAAGUAGCUAAUGGAGUAUCCUUCCCUCUGCUGUCUUUGUUUACUGUAGAUGAGCCAAGGGUUUUCCUCCUGAGGUCCAGCUGCUGUAAUCAGGCCAGUUGCUGCUGACUCACCUCAGUACUGCCCUUCUUACAAAUCAGUAUGUGCAGUUCCUGGUCAGAGCCCAUAAUAAGGCCUUAAUCUGUUAGGAAAGGUGCUCACAGCAGCAUUAAUUAAGUAGAAUUUCCACAUAUGCCAAGCACUGCAUUAGACAGCAAUACUCACGUGCUGAAGGUUCAGGAGUUCCUCCACUGAAUGUUGAAUGUAGUAAGGUUGUUACUAGGCUUUGUGCUGUCAAGAGAGAGAAGGUAUUCAACUCAAGGCAAAUAUACUCUUUGAAGAAAUGUGUGUUUAAACAUUAUCUGUCAGCAACACUAGUUUUACAACAAAGUAAGUAAAUAGCCUUCACAAGUGUAACUGUCACAGCAGUGGCUGGAUCAUCUGAGCACUGGUGUGGAAGCCGAUGAGAAAAACUCACCUUUCCUAAUGUGAAAGUAUUUUUACCUUUAGCAAAGCUGGCUAUUUUUUACAUGUUCAUGUUACAAUGUUUCACUGUGUGCUGCACUGGAUGUUUUAUUUUAUACUUACACUGAAUUUCUAAUAAGUCUUUCCAAAUCUUUCCCAAUCUUGUCGUGG